CAGCCGUAGUGCGCCGGUUUCGAUGUCAUUCUGUAACUGAACUACUUCUGCCCGGGUUUCUGCCUCACAGUGUGUCUCGCGCCCGUCCGUGCACGAUGUUCAGAGCAGCUGUCCAACUGUCAGUCUCCGGGAUUCGGAGUUUGGCACGCUCCCGGCCGACGUAUACCGCUCCCUUGGCAGCCCGCUCUUACUCUCAUGGAAAGCAAGAGACGGACGAGGAGUUUGAUGCCCGCUGGGUCACCUAUUUCAGCAAGCCAGACAUUGAUGCCUGGGAGCUGAGGAAAGGCAUGAAUACCCUGAUCGGUUAUGACCUGGUACCUGAACCAAAGAUUCUUGACGCUGCCCUUAGAGCUUGUCGAAGGCUAAAUGACCUGGCCAGUGCCAUCCGUAUCCUGGAGGCAGUCAAGGACAAGGCGGGCUCUCACAAAGACAUCUAUCCAUAUUUGAUUCAGGAACUGCGGCCCACUCUGGAUGAACUGGGCAUUUCCACACCUGAAGAGCUUGGAAUUGACAAAGUAUAGACAUCCACACUUUUGGUCUUCCGGAGGAUGGCUGAUGUCUCUGUGACAUGGUUGGCCAAUGCACUUGAAGUCUCAGCCUUGUAUACUGAUGUUUGUGUGAUAUUUAAUUUGG